GAUCUCUUGCUCAUUCCCGAAUAACGGCACAGCAACUCCUGCAUAUACAGUCCCAAAACUGUCUUGCAGGUGAGGUCUGGGUUACUUAAAAGAAGUUAAGCCCCUGCACUCACCAGCGAUCGUUGCCAUUUCCGGAUAACCUGGUCUAAUUCAAAGAUCGCAGCGGGUUUCUCUCGCAUGAAUAGCCCACGAUCUGCAUUACUUGAAACCCCCAGCGCCGACCAUGUCGUCCUCCAUCAGCGAGACGCCAGCGAUCACGCCACGCUGGACGAUGCGAGGCCAUACCGCCUUGGUAACAGGUGUUGUAUACCUGCCUGGCGAGCGACGGAUAAUCACAUGUUCGUUGGACGGCCCACUCCGACUAUGGGACCUAGAGAGCGGCGCACAGAUAGGCGAGGACUGGCGAGACAAGAAUCACGGAGGAAUGUGGUCCGUGGCAUUGUCUCCAGACGCCAAGACAGUUGCAACCGGAAGCGGCGACGGGAUGGUGAGGUUAUGGGAUGUCGAUACGAGGAAGGACAUCGCCAAAUGGAUGGGACACACCAAUGUUGUGUAUGCGUUGUGCUGGAGUGCAGAUGGCAAGCGAGUAGCGAGUGGAUCAUGGAACGGGACGGCAAGAGUCUGGGAUGUCGACAGCGGUGAAACUAUAUUGACAAUCAUAACCGGGCACUAUGAGGGCCCGUAUUGGACAAAAUUCCAGAGUUUUGCUUUGAGCAUCUCAAACUUGAUUUCGCCUUUGAUCUUACCGAAUAAGGAAGGUGUGUCCUUGACUUUGACUUUGACUUCUGCUUCUGCUUCGAUCCAAUUCCCCUCGUCACUGUUUCCUACGCUUGCUCACUGUGUGGCACACGACGACGACGACACCAAGCACACUACGAAGCACAAUGCAAGACUACCUCAGGGUAUCACUAAAUUCCCUUCAAGACUAUCGAGCUGGUGCAAGCAAUGCCUCUGUUCUUCACCUAACUCUCAGCAUAUGCAGCUCGUAUCGUCUGUAAUGGAGCAGGUACAAGCUGCUGAUCAGGCUGAUUGUUCAUGACUGUGAAGGAGACGUCACAACAUGAAUGCACCACGACACUAUGGUUUUAAAGUGCCCCACCCUUAUCAGUCUCUUUCUGUGAUGGAAACACGAU